AGGCCAUUCUCACUCGGUUGAUGUUUGAUGUUUCUUUAGCUCCGUUGUGUGUAUUUUGUGUCCAUGCUCCCUCAGACUCGCGGUGUUUUGGCUUUUGUUGUUUUGUGUAAAUAUAACUUUGUGAUGUGUGAAUUCAGUUAAUUAGUUAAAGAAACUGAGUGAAUCUGUAGACAUGGUUUGUAUGCAGCUUUUGCAUUAGUCAGGUGAGUUUUGUUCUUUAGGGUUAGUGUUAAUUAACUGAUAACUAGAGGAAGGAGUUCAGAACUAGAGAUGAGAUGAGUUUUAGGGUUUGUUUUGAACACAUCAGCUGAAGUAAGACUGAAGGAGGACACUGCACUCUUAUAUCACAGAAGACAGACUAAUAGAUGAGAUGAGAAGAGCUUGUGUCCUGGUCGAGACCUUAGAUGAGGAAUAGAGCACAGCACCAUCUCUGACGGAUGAAGCAGCAUUUCUCACCUGGGGACACGACUAAAGAAAGAUCUCUGGCAGACAGAAGGGGGAAUCAGUACUAAAUGCAUGGAGAGCGUGUCAUAACACCUCAGACUCUCAGUGCUGUAUUCACUCGCCGCUGACUGAAGGUCCUCCACUCAUUCUGUCACUAGACAUCAUGUCCAUCGCACUCAAACAAGUGUUUAACAAAGACAAGACAUUCCGGCCCAAGCGUAAGUUCGAUCCGGGCACGCAGCGCUUCGAUCUGCACAAGCGUGCGCAGGCAUCACUAAACUCAGGCGUAGAUCUGAGAGCAGCGGUCCAGCUGCCGCACGGCGAGGAUCUGAACGACUGGGUGGCUGUGCACGUGGUGGACUUCUUCAACCGCAUCAACCUCAUCUACGGCACGGUGUGUGAGUUCUGCACGGAGAAGAGCUGUCCGGUGAUGUCCGGCGGCCCGAGAUACGAGUACCGAUGGCAGGACGAGCUCAAGUACAAGAAGCCCACGCCGCUGCCCGCUCCACAGUACAUGAACCUGCUGAUGGACUGGAUCGAGAUGCAGAUCAAUAACGAGGACAUCUUCCCCACCAGCAUCGGAAUUCCCUUCCCAAAGAACUUCAUCCAGAUCUGUAAGAAGAUCCUGUGUCGUCUUUUCCGUGUGUUUGUGCACGUCUACAUCCAUCAUUUCGACCGGAUCCUUCUGAUGGGAGCUGAAGCGCAUGUUAACACCUGCUACAAACACUUCUACUACUUCUGCACUGAACUCAACCUGAUCGACCGCAAAGAGCUGGAGCCGCUGAAAGAAAUGACCUCUAGAAUGUGUUUGUGAGUGCCGGCGUCUGGACCGUUUCUAAACACUCACACCUGAGAGGCUUUUCUCAGGAGCUUUAAUCCUUGAACUGGACGUUGCCGUGGAAAUAAGGUCAUCACCGUGGUGAUUCCAGAGCCUGGUGACAUCAUCACUGAGCCAGACUGACCUGUAAGGAUGAGGCUGAGAGACUGACAGUGAGCUCUGAUGCAGCGCCAUCUAGUGGUGAGGCGUGUUACUCACACUGUGCUAACAGAGCACUCAGAGGACAGCUGUCUCAUUCAGACAUCUGUUCAAAUACACAAAUACCUUAAUUUUAAUGUUCAGCUCUGUGAGGUUUGGAUGAACUGCUUCCAUUCAUCUCCAACUUGCUUUAUUUCUGUUUGUGUUGCACUGAAAUGAAUUGUUAAGUUUUAGUCACUGGAUCAUUUGAUGAAAUGUCUUAUUAAUCUGAUGCUCAGUUGAGCCUCGGACUGUAAUUCUGUGAACUGGACGUCAGUAUUCAUCAGCCAAUCACAGUGUGUUCAUCUCCAGUUGAGGAGAAUUGAAAAGGUCACACAGUAUCUGUCAGAUCUGUUCUGAUUCUGUUCUCAUUUCUCAUUUGCAUUCUGUUACUAAACUACUAAUAUAAAUUAAGUUUAAUAGGUUUUUUGUUGAGUUCCCACUUUAAAGCCCUCGUCCAUCUUUUUAUGUUUGAAACUUGACCCUGUAAAUUUAAUAAAUAAUGCAAUAAAGAUUUUUGAUUGUA